AUGGGGUACCAGGGACAGCCGCCCCUCAUCCCGCUGCAGAGAGAUCUAGAUGACAGAGAAACCCUUGUUUCUGAACACGAGCAUACAAGGAAAUCUUGUCAGUCUGCUGCUGUUUUUAAUGUUGUCAACUCGAUUAUAGGAUCUGGUAUAAUAGGAUUACCUUAUUCAAUGAAGCAAGCUGGGUUUCCUUUGGGAAUAUUGCUUUUAUUCUGGGUUUCAUAUAUUACAGACUUUUCCCUUAUUUUGUUGAUAAAAGGAGGGGCCCUUUCUGGAACAGACAGCUACCAGUCUUUGGUUAACAAAACCUUUGGUUUUCCGGGGUAUCUCCUCCUCUCUGUUCUACAGUUUUUAUAUCCGUUUAUAGCUAUGAUAAGUUAUAACAUAAUAGCUGGAGAUACUUUGAGCAAAGUUUUUCAAAGAAUUCCUGGAGUUGACCCUGAGAAUGUAUUUAUUGGUCGUCACUUCAUUAUUGUGCUUUCCACGGUAACCUUUACUCUGCCUUUGUCCUUGUACCGAGAUAUAGCAAAGCUUGGAAAGAUCUCCUUUAUUUCUACAAUUUUAACAGUUGUAAUUCUUGGAAUUGUAAUGACAAGGGCAAUUUCAUUGGGUCCACACAUACCCAAAAUGGAAGAUGCCUGGGUAUUUGCAAAGCCCAAUGCCAUUCAGGCUGUUGGGGUCAUGUCUUUUGCAUUUAUUUGCCACCAUAACUGCUUCUUAGUCUAUGGUUCUUUGGAAGAAGCCACAGUAGCAAAAUGGUCCCGCAUCAUCCAUAUGUCCAUCUUGGUUUCUGUAUUUAUCUGUGUGCUCUUUGCUACUUGUGGAUAUUUGACUUUCACUGGCUUUACCCAAGGGGACUUAUUUGAAAAUUAUUGCAGAGGUGAUGACCUGGUAACCUUUGGAAGGUUUUGCUAUGGCAUAACUGUCAUUUUGACAUACCCAAUCGAAUGCUUUGUAACUAGAGAGGUCAUUGCCAACGUGUUUUUUGGAGGGACUCUUUCAUCAUUUUUCCAUGUGCUUAUAACAGUGGUUAUAAUUAUGAUAGCCACAUUGGUUUCAUUGCUGAUUGAUUGCCUUGGAAUAGUUUUAGAACUCAAUGGUGUGCUCUGUGCAGCUCCUCUGAUUUUUAUCAUCCCCUCAGCAUGUUAUCUGAAACUGUCAGAAGAACCAAGGACACACUCAGAUAAGAUUGUGUCCUGUGUCAUGCUUCCCAUUGGUGCUGUGGUCAUGAUUUUUGGAUUCAUCAUGGCUAUCACAAAUCCUCAGGACUGUACCCAUGGGCAGGAGAUGUUCUACUGCUUUCCUGACAAUGUCUCCUUCACAAACAUCUCAGAUUCUCACUUUCAACUGACAACACAACUUUCCAUUUUAAACAUCAGCUUCUUUCAAUGAGUUGACAGUUUUAAAAAUAUGCAUGUUUUCAUAGACUU